UUCGACGUAUAAUCUUAUUGGAUAUUCCGUUCGAUUUUAGUAAGAAUGGAAUUUAUUCUAUCUGAUACUAUUCGGAGAACGAAACAGAUUUUGGUUCCAUCGGAAUUGACCAAUAGAUAAUCUUCGUUCUUACUUGACGAAUAUAUCUACGAAGAUUAUGAAAUUUUUUGUAGGAUAUAUUUCUUUCUAAUAUCCUUUUAAUUUGUCUUAUAUGUGAAAUAAUUCAAACAUAUAAUUACACGGGUAUUAAGCGAAUACAAUUGUUUACGAUAACUUAUCUUCUUACCGUAAUCUUUCGUUUAUCUUAACAGUGAGAUAACACUGUUUUAUCUAUAAUUUCUUUCUAUGCAAACGAUAAAAAAAAAAAAAAAGAAAAAAAGAAAACAAUCUCAUCAGGAAAAUAUAAAAAUAGUUAUAUCAUUUAUUAGAUAAAGUAUUCAUCUAAAGUGCCGCUAUUAAAUUCUUUGUGGUAUUAAAAAAAAAAAAGAAAAAAAAAAAAAAAGAAAAGAAAAAGAAAAAACGUUAUAUCAAAGAUAUACUCUAAUUCGAAUUCAAAUUUAUCCAAUUUAUCGAUUUAAAAAAGGGAGAUGGACGAUUUCAAUCGUAUUUCAUAUAAAAAUUCAACGGUACAUUCUUCCAUCGUAGUAAGAUUUCUCGUUCAUGAUCAAGCUACAGCUUGGUGGCGACUCUUAAGUAACGUACCGUCAUGGCGACAUUACCGCCACGAAAAAAUCCAACCGCGACGAAAAUUUCGAAGCAACAGUUGACUCCUUUACAAACACUUUUACAACUUGGAUUUCCGAAACAUCGAGCGGAAAAAGCAUUAGCUGCUACUGGACAUCGUGGUGUUCAGCUUGCAUCUGACUGGUUACUUGCCCAUGUCAGAGAUCCGACUCUAGAUUUUAUUACACACAGACAAUAUGUCUUAUAUGCUUGUCCUACAGGAGCAUUGGCAGAACGUCUUUUAACAUUUUGGGCAGAAAGCAAAGAAUUAGGUUGGAAUGGGGCACAUAACUUUAUACCACAUAUUACACUUGUAUCUUUUUUUCAAGCAUCAGAUGAAUUAACUCCAGAACUUGUAAGUUCUCUUGAAAAUAUCAUCGACUUAGAUGAGCUUUGCGAUCGUAUUGAUUUGGAAACAUAUGUUUCGCCCAACUUUAUGGGACUUUUCGUCAAAGAUGCAGACACUAAAUGGCUUACAAAAAUUUCUACCAAUUAUGUUGAUAAAUUAACAAGUUUAGGUAUUACUGCCAAACCUCAAGUAAAAUCAUUGCAUCUCACAUUGGCUUAUCAAUUUCCUAGCAACUUAUUUCAACCUCUCCGUUUGAUGGUUGAAAAGUUGGGACCAACUACACCGGACAAUUGGGAACUUAGAUUAUACUCUAGAGAUACUAGGUUACAAAAUUCUCAUGUUCAUAAAGUUAUACACGCGUAUACAUCUAAAGAACAUGAUGACUUAGAAUUAAGAGUAGGAGAUUACGUUUAUAUACCAGAAGGAACAUGUAAUGCUUCUACCGAUGGAUGGGUCGAAGGUACUUCCUGGUUAACAGGAACUUCAGGUCAUUUACCUUUAAAUCAUACAAAACGAACAGCUGAAUCAGAUUCAUGGACACUGCAUACUACUAUACAAAUUAAUAAUAAGAAAAGUGAAACCGUGGAAGAAGAGGCAAUGCCAAAAACAAGAAAACAACAACCAUCAUUGUUAUCUACUGAAGAUUCUGUAGAUACACCAGAUGGAAUAGAAAUAAAUAAAGAAUCAAUAGAGGAGGCCUCUUCAUCACCUAUAGUUUCUGCAAGACAGAUCUUCAUAUGUCGUCAUGGAGAGAGAGUAGAUUUUACAUUUGGUGCAUGGAUCCCAUAUUGCUUUGAAGAAAAUGGUUGUUAUGUACGUAGAGACCUAAAUAUGCCAAAGGAGAUACCACUAAGGAAUAUACGAGACUUUCAAAACGAUAGUCCUUUAACGACAGUUGGAGAAGUACAAGCAGGAUUGGUUGGCGAAGCAAUGAAAUCAUCUAACAUAAAAAUAGAUGUUGCUUUUACUUCACCAUCUCUCAGAUGUGUUCAAACGCUUGCUCAUAUUUUAAAAGGUUUAGAUUUAGAUAUACCCAUGAAAAUAGAACCAGGUUUAAUAGAAUGGUUAGCAUGGUAUCCAAACGGUAUACCUGUCUGGAUGACUUCUGAAGAAUUAAUUAAUGCAGGUUUUAAUGUGGAUAAAAAUUAUAGCGAAAUAAUUCAAGCAAAGGAUCUUCCAUUAAAAGAAAAUGCAGCACAGUAUUAUGAAAGAAGCUAUGAUUUAAUUAAACGGAUAAUUGAAAGUACGGUAGGUAACAUUCUCAUAGUAGCUCAUGCUGCUUCUUUAGCAGCUUGUACUAAACAACUGACUGGUGGUCAGAUACCACCAGCAGCAGAAGUAACGAAAUUAGUUCAACGAGUACCAUACUUGGCAUGUUUAGCCGCUCGCGAAGAAUUGAAUGGGUGGCAACUUCACCCACCUCCUUUUCCUCCUAUCACGCAUACUAGUAAUAGUAGAUUUGACUGGAAGGUCUUAAUGUAAAAAAUAUAAAAAAUAUUGAACAAUUGAAUUAACCUUCGAAACAUAAUAGAAUCGCAAUCAUAAAAGACUGUCAUAAUACAAUGAAUUUUAUAUAAGAGAAUAGUUGAUAUUGAAAUUAUCGAGAUCAAGAACAGACAUAAGCAGUCUUGCUUCAAAACAUAUAAUACAAAACAUAUGAUAUUUUCUUGUUUAGUAAUUAAGAACAUUGAAAAAUAAUGAAUAUGAAAUAUUGGCAGUUCGUUCUGCCCUUCCAAGACAAAAAUAAUAAUUGUAAUAUGUAGGAUAGAUUAUGUAGGAAUUUACUUAUGUUGUACCUGCAUUUCGAUUUAUCGUAAGUUCGAAAUAAGAAUAACUUAUUUACUAGUUUUAAAUGUGAACCAUUGAAUAAUUAAAUAUCAGUUCUUCAAUUUAAA